GGUUUUAUGAACCAUAUAGCAUUAAACUAGAUGUGACUUCUGAAAUAUGUUUACGGGAUAUAGAUCUUUUUUCCCCAUAUUUUCAACGAAAAUAUACCAAUUACCAAAGUUACCAGAAUUUAAUUGAUAGAGUGUUGGAUAAUUGGCAACGUAGAUACUAUGGUGAAAAUUUCGAAAAACUGGUGAAAAUUAAACGAAGAUAUGAUCCUGAUUAUGUAUUUCAUUGGAAUCAAAGUAUACCUACUAAUACUGAAAUUUCAUGUUAUUAA